AUGUCGAAACUCGACGCGUUCCUCGCGAAGCUCGCGGCGAAGAAGCGCCUCCUCGACCGCGAGGAACGGCGCGACCGCGGCGAGGACGUCUCCGACUCCGACUCGGACGCCUCCGACGACGCCGCCUCGAAUCAUCCGAGCGGCGGGCGCGCCGUCGUCGCCCCCACUUCGGACGCGUCGUCGUCGUCCGCGUCCAUCUACGGCAGCAAGGCGUAUUGGGACGCGCGGUACGCGACCGGGUGCGUUAUCGGCGCGAACAGCACGAGGGGGGAGGUAUCGAACGAGUGGUACGUCGGCUACGACGCGAUCGCGGCGUUGCUAUCGUCCGUCGGGGUGGAGAAGACGUCGUCGAUCCUCCUCCUCGGCUGCGGGACGUCGACGCUUGGGGAGGAUCUCGCGGACGACGGCUUCGUCGCGGUGACCGCGGUGGAUUACUCCGAGAACUGCAUCGACGUCAUGCGGGAGACGUCGUCGAGGAACCAAGCGAGGUGGCGCGCGGACGCGGUCGCCGCGGCGGGGGUGGAGCCGGACAGCGACGACGACGACGACGACGGCGACGACGGCGGCGAACGUCGCGCGCGCGAAGACGACGAAGACGACGAAAACGCGGACCCGCGGCCGCUCUCGGUCGCGACGCGACGCCCGGUGCGUUACGACGUCGUGGACGUCACAGACAUGGACGCGUACGGCGACGGCGCGUUCGACGUCGUGUUAGAUAAAGCGACGCUCGACACGAUGUGCCAGCUGGACGACGACCCGGAGACGGAGGGGAGCCGCGCGCGACGGAUGUUGCGAGAGAGCUGCAGGGUGCUCCGACCGGGGGGGACGUACGUGUGCGUGACGUACGGGGACGCGGAGGACAGGCGAGGGCUGCUAUUGGACGAGACGUUGGAGUGGGACGUGACGCCGCCGACCGCGGCGGAGGUGGAAGAGGACGUAACGGGCGGCGGUGGGGGGUUAGGGAGGAUCAUACGGAAGAACAAAGCAGUGUUCUACGCCUACAUCGCGGUGAGGAGGUAG